AUGGGUGGUGGGGCUCCCAGAAACCCAUUCAAGAGCUCUGGGGACCUAAGGGGCGGCGGAGGAACCAGGGACUUUCCCAGGGAUAACGGCGCCCCCGAGACACUCCCAGUUAUAAAAGCGUCCCAGGGACCUUUCCAGGGACCCUUUCCAGUGCUGUGGGGCUCCCAGAGGAUCUCCCAUAGGUGCUUGCAGCCGAGCGAUCGUUCGAGGGGCCGCGACGUCCCCAGGGACCCUCCCAAGGGCGGUUACGUCCCACGGGCUAUCGGACUUUCCCAUGGGGGUGGGGCUCCCAGAAACCCAUUCAGGAGCUCUGGGGACCCAAGGGACGGCGGAGCAACCAGGGACUUCCCAGGGAUAACGGCGCCCCCAGAGACACUCCCAGUUAUAAAAGCGUCCCAGGGACCUUUCCAGGGACCCUUUCCAGUGCUGUGGGGCUCCCAGGGGAUCUCCCAUAGGUGCUUGCAGCCGAGCGAUCGUUCGAGGGGCCGCGACGUCACCAGGGACCCUCCCAAGGGCGGUUACGUCCCACGGGCUAUCGGGUCCCGGCACCUCCAGGGACCCUUCCAGGGGGGCGGCACCCCUAGCACCCUCCCAGGGGCGCCGGUGCCCCAAGGAGCCUUAUCUGAGGUCGGCGCUGCCCCCAGGGACUCUCCCAUGGGUGGUGGCGCUGCCAGGAACCCAUUUAGGAGCUCUGGGGCCCCAAGGGGCGGCAGAGCCCCCAGGGACCUUCCCAGGGAUAACGGUGCCUCCAGAACCACUCCCAGUUAUAAAAGCAUCCCCAGGGACCUUUCCAGGGACUCUUUUCAGUGCUGUGGGGCUCCCAGGGGAUCUCCCAUAGGUCCUUGCGGCUCGAGGGACCCUUCCAGGAGCCGCAACGUCCCCAGGGACCCUCCCAAGGGCGGUUAUGUCCCAGGGGCCCUCCGCAAAAACUACUGCACCAAGGAGCCCUACAGGUCGGGCACUCUCAGGGGACCUCCUGGGGGCAACGGCGCCAACAGGGGCCAAUGCAGGGGCGCCAACGCCUCACUAGACCUUCUCAGGGGUCGCGGCGCCUCCCGGGACCCUUCCACGGGCGGCGGCACCCCUAGCACCUUCCCAGGGAUGUCGAUGCACUCGAUGACCAAUCCUUGGACGGUGGGGCACCGAGGGACCCUCACAGGGGCAGCAGCGCCCCCAGAUAUCUUACGAGGGGCGACGACGCUCCCAGGGAUCCACCCAGGAACGGCGGCGAAACACCAAGGGGCGCCGGCGCCACAAGGAGCCCUCUCUGGGAGCGGCGCUGCCCUCAGGGACUCUCCCAUGAGUGGUGGCGCACCCAGGAACCCAUUCAGGGGCUCUGGGGCCCCAAGGGGCAGCAAAGCCCCCAGGGACCUUCACAGGGAUAACGGCACCCCCAGACACUCCCAGUUAUAG